GGUUAAAUAUUGGUCACGUCAGCUAACAAAUACAGAUUUACAAAAGAAACUGCCAUUUCGUAGAUCAAAGAGAAGGGGGGAGAUGCAGAGCAACGCCGUCCUAGCUACUCUCCAGCCUAAUUACGACAUUCUUAGCCCUUCACGGUUUUACUCCUCUUCCGCCUCCGCUGCCGCCACAUUUCUUCCUGUUUUCUACCCUCAACGCACGCGCUUCUCUGCUCCGCAAUAUCUCAAGUUAGAUAAGCAAGUUUUACCUUCUGCUUCCGGUCGUUAUGUUCAUGAAGUUAAGUCUCCUUUUAAGAAUGCUGCUGUUUUAUCCGAUUCUUAUAGUAGUGAGGCAUCCGAACUAGCUGAUAUAGAGUGGGACAAUCUUGGAUUUGGGUUACUUCCUACUGAUUAUAUGUAUAUGAUGAAAUGUUCUCAAGGUGGAAACUUCUCUAAAGGUGAAUUACAACGGUUUGGGAAUAUUGAAUUAAAUCCCUCAGCUGGGGUCUUAAAUUAUGGGCAGGGAUUAUUUGAAGGUCUGAAAGCCUACAGAAAAGAAGACGGUAAUAUUCUUCUUUUUCGCCCUGAGGAGAAUGCUCUUCGAAUGAGGCAGGGUGCAGAGAGGAUGUGCAUGCCAGCACCUACUGUUGACCAGUUUGUGGAAGCUGUAAAGGAAACCGUCCUGGCAAACAAACGUUGGGUUCCCCCACCAGGUAAAGGGUCCUUGUAUAUCAGGCCAUUGCUCAUGGGAAGUGGAGCUGUACUUGGUCUUGCACCUGCUCCUGAGUACACCUUCCUUAUUUAUGUCUCACCUGUUGGAAACUAUUUUAAGGAAGGUGUUGCUCCAAUAAAUUUAAUUGUGGAGCAUGAAUUGCAUCGUGCCACUCCUGGUGGCACUGGGGGUGUUAAAACCAUUGGGAAUUAUGCUGCGGUUCUGAAGGCACAAUCUGCUGCAAAGGCCAAAGGAUAUUCUGAUGUUCUCUAUCUUGAUUGUGUUCACAAAAAGUAUUUGGAGGAAGUUUCUUCUUGCAACAUUUUCGUGGUGAAGGGUAAUGUCAUCUCAACUCCUGCAAUAAAGGGAACAAUCUUACCUGGCAUCACAAGAAAGAGUAUAAUUGAUGUUGCUCGAAGCCAAGGGUUCCAGGUUGAGGAGCGUUUUGUGCCAGUAGAUGAAUUGCUUGAUGCUGACGAAGUGUUUUGCACAGGGACAGCAGUAGUAGUGUCGCCUGUUGGCAGCAUUACAUACAAGGGUAAAAGGGUACCAUAUGGCGUAGAUGGUUUUGGGGCUGUUGCACAACAGCUCUACUCUGUGCUUACCAGACUACAGAUGGGUCUUAUAGACGACAAGAUGAACUGGACUGUUGAGUUGAGUUGAGUUGAGUUGAGUUGAGGGAUACUGUAAGUCACAGUCUGGUUUGCAUGUUUUAACUCCACCUGAGACAUGGCCUGCAUUGGUUAAAAUGUUUGUUUUCUCCCUUUAGUAAUGUGUAGAUAUAGUUUUAAUAUUUAUGUUGGUCAGGAUUUCCUUAGUUUUUGUCUUGGAACUUAUCAAGUUAGUGAGAUUUCAAUUGUUGGCCAUAGAGACGGUCUUUGUUUUAAAGCAGGAAACUAAGCAUAAAAAAUAAAAGUUGGCCUGAAAAGCAACCAAUCCAA